UCUAAUCUCAUCGAAUCAUAUAUAUCAGUGGUGACUUGAAUCAAGUACCCAAAGAUAAAGACGAGACCUUCCUUUUUUUCGUCGUGAAAGUUUCAGGAUGGAUGCAUUCGUUUCUGCAGUUCUCGGUGAUCUUGCUAGUAGAACCCUAUCCUUUAUCAUUGAUAGACUCUACUGCCGGCAGGUAGUCGUGGAGGAGGAUCUAGAGUGCCUGCGCAGUCUGCUGCUAAGGAUCCAGACCAUCGUCAAGGAGGCCGAAGGGCGGCACAUCACAAACCAAGCGAUGCUCCAGCAGCUGCAGAUGCUGAGAGAAUGGAUGUACGAAGGGAAUUACUUGCUUGAUACUUUCAAGUACCAGAUGCUCCAACCAGAGGGGGUUAAUGAUGAGGUUAGUGAUAACUCAUUUGCUCUGUCCAAAUUAAGUCGCCGCAAGCAAUUGUAUUUAUCCACCACGACAAUCAACAUGCCAUUUGACCUCGAGGAGAUAAAGAAGGUAGAACAGAUGCUUGGUAGCCUAAAAAGCAUCAUUGGCGAUAUGAAGGAGUUUGUCACUUUCCUGAAGGGCUAUCCUCCCUUGUGCCGUGAACCUUAUAGCAAGCACUUAGUUUUGGACAAGUGCAUGUUUGGCCGCCAAUCAGAAAUGGAGAGGAUCGUCAACUUCUUGUUACAAGAAGAGCCUCUGGGGGUCGAAAGUUUGGGAGUGCUUCCAAUAAUUGGCCCAGCAAGAGUUGGGAAGAGCACCCUUGUUGAGUAUGUUUGUUACGAUGAGAGGGUUCGUAAUUACUUCUCUUCUAUUGUUUCCUUCAACGGAAGUGACAUUGAAAGCAGAAACUUGGCUGAUAUAAGAGACAGCGGUGUACUCAAGCAUAGCAGCGGUGCUAGUGCUACGCAUGAAAGGUUGCUUAUAAUCAUUGAGUUCCUUGAAGAUGCGGUUCUAGACGAGGAAAGAUGGAGAGGGUUGUGCUCUUCAAGAAACUUCAUGCCACCUGGGAGCAAAAUUAUUAUUACAAGUAGAUCCGAGAGGUUCAUAAAUUUGGGUACAGUGCAACCUCUUGUGCUAAAACAAUUGCCUCGGGAAGCUUUCUGGUACUUCUUCAAGGUGAUUGCGUUUGGAAGCACAAAUCCUGAGGAGCAUCCACUGCUAGCUGUGAGCAAUGUGAUUCUAACACUAGCAUCUAUAGGUAUGGAAAUCGCAGUGGAACUAAAUGGAUCUUUUACAGGCGCAAACAUAGCUGGUGCCCUAUUGAGAGCUAAUUUUUGCAUCAAGUUUUGGAGGAGAAUGCUUAAGUACCACAGAGACUGCACAGAGAGACAUCUCAUUCUCUUUGGUGAGCAUCCUCAUACUCUACUUCAGAAAAAUCAACAUAUAUAUCUUUGGGGAAUUCCUCCGGCCUCACAGUUAUUUAUAGUCCGUGAUUAUAAGACACACCCUUCUAACAAGGACUUUCCGAAGGUAAUGUUACUUGAUGUUCAAACUGGAAGUGCUAAACCUCAUGGGAAAUUUGAAGUUCUAGCAUGGAGAUCACAUAUACCUCCCUACCACGACUAUGUGAUGAGUUGUGAGUCACGGGCAUGCAAGAAGCGGUCUCGGCAGAAAGAUGUGUAGUUAUCUGCAUUUAUGUUAGUUUUACCAUGUUUAGAAUUAGAUUAGAUUAAAUAAGGUUUUAUAUGUUGAUUCAGCUACUACAACUCGUGACGGAACUGCUGGAAUAUUUGUUGUUUAAGAAGAUAUAUUUUUAGAUCAGUUGUGAUUAUGUGAGUGGUGGCUGGAUUGUAGCAGACUAGCAGGUGGUAGUGGCAUAGUAGUGGUUUGAAUUUGGAGAUUGGAAUAUUAAUU